AAUUGUGCAUUUGUGUAGGCUUUUCAUCAGCGAAGAAGAAUAACAUAACCUGCUUAUUAAAAUCGGAGAACAGGGCACCGAUGAGUAAACUAUGGAUUAAAUAAUAAAGAACAUUUCCAAUACGAUAAAGAUGCUGUAUUGCAUUACACGGGUACCACUGAGUCAGACUGAAGCGGAAGACGCAGUGAAGGAGAUGCACGUCAGUUAUCCGGCUCGACUCAAUUCGCUAAAUACAUUACCGCUGUCAAUAUUAUUUUAUUGUAGCCUAUUACGCGCUCACGCACUCAUUAAAACAAAGCAGAAAGGACACCCCUAUCAGAACCAACACAACACACCAUUGGCGAAGAUCCUUGCAUCACGGUUUUUGUUUUGAUUUCUGAAUUAGCAGUCAGACACCUGAUGAGUUGUGAUCGCCCUGUGCAUAUGCGGGUCCCACCAGUGCUGGCUGGUACACUCUCUUCAGUAGCUGCAUUAUGUUGAGGGACUGCGGACUGCCGUUUCUGUUACUGAAAAUACACGUAAGCCCCAUUAGCUUUGUUGCGGCACUGGCUGCCAGCUGAAGUACUUUCGAUCUCCAAUGAAGAACACCACCGGAGAACUUAAACUGUCGCCGUUUCAUUAAACGGCAGUUUUGAACGAUUUGUUCCGAUUCGGAGAGGAGGGGCGUUCUAGAGAUUUGUGUUUCGGAUGACUGAGUAUGAAGAACCUGAGAUUGGAUUUUAUGUAUCGCAAUCGGAUGUGAUAUCAUUUGUCCUGAGAAGCAACACAAGCCAUCUAUUUACAAUGACGGGAGCCCCCGCAAGGCGCGACUCCACAAUGCCCGGUGAGAUUUGGCUGACUGUAUAGUCUCCUCUGUGAAGAACUACUACUAUAAUAAUGCCGCUUCCUUGCUUCGUCGGGCAGCCAUUGCCGGGCUCCUCCUCCCUCGUCUCCAGGAGCCUCCUCAGGCUCCUCCCCCUCGCCCUGCUGCUGCCCUGGGCGACCGCGUCGACUCUCAACUGCCACAAGACGUGCAUCUGCGCCAGCAACAUCGUCAGUUGCUCCAAGAUGAAUCUGACCAGCAUUCCCGCCCCGUUGCCCAUCUACACCGCCGUGCUGGACGUGAGCUACAACGGCAUCGCGCGCCUGAGUGCCGAGUGGACCACGGUCGAGCUGACCAAGCUCCACAACCUGCUCCUCAGCCACAACGGCAUGCACUUCAUCUCCACCGAGGCCUUCCUGUACGUCACCCACGUGCGCUACCUGGACCUGUCCUCCAACCGGCUGCGGCAGCUGGACGAGUCCAUGUUCGAGCCCCUCGAGCACCUGGAGGUGCUGCUGCUCUACAAGAACCGCAUCUCCCAGAUCGACCGCCUGGCCUUCACGGGCCUCGCUAAACUGCAGAAGCUCUACCUGAGCCAGAACCAGGUGUCCCGCUUCCCCUUGGAGCUGGUCCGGGAGAAGACGCGGCUGGAGAGGCUCAGCCUGCUGGACGUCUCCUCCAACAGGGUCAAGGUCCUGCCCAUUCCGGAGCUCAAGGCCCUGCCCGCGUGGAUCAAGAACGGGCUCUACUUCCACGACAACCCUUUCGCCUGCAACUGUGAGCUCUACAACAUGCUGGCCCACUGGCACAUACGGCAGCUGACCUCCGCCGUCGACUUCAAGGACGACUACACCUGCAUCCUGCCGGGCCCGAAGAAGACCACGGUGGCCGUCUUCGACCUGAACAGGGACUACCUGAACUGCAGCACGGUCAAGGCGGAGGACCAGGAGACCUACCUGGAGGAGACGCUCAUCCUCAACUGCGACACUCGGCACAGGGUCAUGAACAAGACCUGGAUGAUCCCCGGAAACGUGCUGUUGACCCCCGGCGGCAACCGCAGCGCCAGGGUCCUCGCGGACGUCAACGGCAGGCUGGAGAUCGCCUCGGUGCAGCUGGAGGACUCCGGCAUCUACACCUGCUUCGCCGUGAGCGAGGCAUUCAACGAGACCCUCUACGUGACCGUGAAGGUGCACAACUUCACCCUCGACGGCAGCAGCGAGACCCUCAACACGGCAUACACCACGCUGAUCGGCUGCCUGGCCAGCGUGAUCCUGGUGCUCAUCUACCUGUACCUGACGCCCUGCCGGUGCCCGUGCCACAGCAAGGCCAAGGGCCAGCAGGAGGACAGCAUCCACUCCUCCAUGCUCAGCGCUGCUCCCUCCCACGAGGACCUGGGCACCAAGGCCGGCCUCAGCAGGCACGUGGCGUUCCUCGACCCCAGGGACCUGCGGGGGCAAAACGGGAAGGUCAAACCGGACGCGGGGGAGGACCUGGAGAACCGGGAGCGGGACGGCCGACGGGACAGGGGCCUGAGGAAGAAGUCGGACGCCGAGUCGAUCAGCUCCGUCUGCUCGGACACCCCCAUCGUGGUCUGAGCGCGUGCCUCCCUCACGCUUACCUACCCCCCCACCCCCGCCCCCCCCCCUCCCACAGACCCGCUUCAGUGGAUGCGUCUUCCAAAUGGAACAUGUAUCAAUGGAUGUAUGGCACCCUCUGUUGAGUGUGACCUACCGGAAAUGGGGGGGGGGACACGAGGGUCUUACCCCACGUCAUUCAGCUCAAAGGAAUGGUUAGCUUUAUUGGGGGGCAUUCACAAAUCUGUCUUCGUCAAAGACAAGAGACCAGAGAACGAGGAACGAGGAACCCCCCUCCAGCAUUUUACUCUGUAGCAAUUAACUAUGUAUACUGUGAUAUAGUCUGGCAGGGCUAGAGGACAUUCUUUAAUCAGGUUAAAUUAGGGAGGGGCAGAGGGAGGAAGAGGAAGGAGCUUUGGCUGAUUACACUGAGCAUUUGACAGCUUGGGCAAGCAGAUGCAGGAUGUUUAAGGACAGGGCAAGGGACACAUAGUGGACAUUUUAUGAAAUGAAAGGGAAGUAAAAUUUCUGGGAAAAAAAAGGCUUUAUACCCAUUAAUAAGUUAUGAGCAUGAGCCUUGCAGAACCCAUUUCAUAUUUAGUAGAAAUAUCCUUGUGUGAGUCAUGCAUUUCCUAUAGAAAUUAUAACACUUAUGAAUACCCUCCGCUGGGCAUGACAGGCUAGGAUCACCGGGCUAUGAAUAGUCACUGUCACUGAAUCACUAUAAAAAGGAGCGCGCUGGUGUAAUAGCACCCUGCAAAAACAAAGCCAGAUAUCUUGAAUACAGAGCAGGCUGUGCUGGCAAACGGGAAACGUGGAAGUAGAGGCUCUGUUCUGGCCACGGGGCGCCGGUGCCGCGGAGCAAACGGACUGAUGGUGUCACAAAACCAAACCAAAGGAGACCGCAGCGGGGCAGGUAGUGCGUUCGCUCAACUUGCUACCGCCCAGAGCCGAGAGCUGCAGGCCGAAGCCAACUCAAACUCAAACUCGUAACGUUAUUCACAACAACAGGUUGGUGUGAACGUACCGUAGUAUAUUAAGGCUAACGGUGCAUCGGAGAUAAAAAAUAAAUAAAUAAAAUUUGCGAUCGACUCAGAACAGCAGUUAUAAAUGCACAGCAGUUUUACGGUCUUACAGGACAAGGCAAGCUUGCAUGUUAAAUACACAGAAUUUAUUGACCUUGAUUGAAUUUUAAAGCUUUAACUAAAUUAUACUCCAAACAGAGACUAAAAUGGCUUAUGGAUAAUUAGAUUGCCAGAGAUUGUCAUCUUCUGCGAAUACAACAUGUCAGAGUGCAGUCAGAAUUUCACUGGGAACAGCCAUGUGUUUUUGUUAUGCUCAUUUUAAAAAACAACAAAUAGCUCUUCACUCCUUUUCACUGAAUGCAAAAUAAAGUUUCAGACCCGAUUUUCUUUUUUUAGUUUUUAAAGGGAAUUUCUGUGCAUCCUUUAAAAAAUAAAAAUAAAGAAAACAGAAGAGGAAACUUUGUAUUUGUCAUAGUCUAAAAACAGCUUUGAACAUAUUCUCUACUUGAGUUUUUCAAAUUUUCUGUCGUGUGCUCCAAUAUGAUUUUUAACAUGAAAUAUAUUUUCUUAAUAGUGCAAAUGACAAAAACAUCGACCGUGUGUCUUUUUGUCAGUUAUUCAAAUAUUAUUAGUACAAUUGUUAGCUCUACUUCUUCCUCAUUCCAUCCUCAUCAAAAAUUAACCUGUUCCUAGACAGAUUCAGACAUUGCAGCAGCUGGUAAGAGUGAUGUGUCCGUGUCUUACAGGAAAGUGAACACAGAGAAAAAGAAUAUGACAUUGGUUUUGUAAAGUGCAGGAAGCAGUUUUUUCUUAGUCCUGGGGUUACUCCUAAUGGCUGCUUAAAAGGAGGGUCUGCCUGGCGUCAACAGCCCACAAACAACUCUUCAUCAAGACAACUGAGAGAGAAUACGCUCUAAUCAAUUUAAAACACACAAGACAAGAGCGUCUAAUGAAAUAAACAUGUCUCGUGGUGGUGGUAAGACGAGGCUGCGUCCCAAACCGACCCCUAUAUUUCUCAGACACACGCUCCUUUUCCGAAGAAUGUGGGAAAUGUUUCCAGUGCCUCAGAGGUGCGUAUGGCUAGUCGCGUCUCCCUGUCAUUACCGCUCCUAUCUAUGCCUGCAGUCGCGUACGGUGGAAAGAAAUGUCACCAAUAACAGCAUGCAGCGUUCAAGAAGGUCAGGUACUGUUCCCUGGCGGAACAUGUCUGAAAACAAAACGUUUCUGUGGGAGUCGGCUAGCUCCUGGAAUUAAACUUUUGGCUAUUAUCCAGCCUGUAUACAGAAUUCAGAAAUCCCACAAAUGGAACUCUUUGAGGGGUGAAUUCUAACUCAUUCUGUUUUGGAUUUGUAGUCCUGAUGGUGUCGAGAGAGGUUUGUUAAAAUCGUGUGCAUUUUGAAUACAGCCAUAAAAUAUGAGCAGGGAAAAAUCUUAAUCAUUGUUUCUGAUCAUGGUUUUAUCAAGGCUUAUGUUUCUGAAGUCCUACGUAACAUUUUAUCCCAACCAGGUCAGUCUGUUUAAUAUGUUUGAUGCCAUUCUUAUUCUGUCUGUACCCAUGAACAGUUCAGAAUCCAACAUUUAUUUUCAUACUAAAUAUCUUGUUCAAAACAUAGACUUUUCCAGGUAAAUUAUUGGUUAUUAUUUGUACUGGAACAUCAUAUUAUUCCCCAUAAGGCGAAGCUAUAACAACUACCGUAUAGGCCAGUAUAAUAUAUAGUUAUAUACAGUAUAAGUAAAGACUAUUUUUUAAUAUAAAAGAUGGUCAGAUUUAUUUAUGUCAUAAGAAAUCCUUUGUAUUUAUUGAGGACAUUUUGUGCCAUAAUUAAAUACAAAUAUACACAUAGAAAUAGAAGUCAAAAUACAAAACUUCUUUAAAAGAAAAUAUUAUACAAUCAUUUUUUUAAUGUGUCUAUCAAGAAUGGGUUAACAUAGUACCUCAUAUCAUUUCUAAAUCUUCUGUUACUUUGACUUUGAGUUUACUUGGUAUGCUUCUGAACCUUUGACUGCAGAAAGUCACAUUAAGUCCCAUUUUUUGGAAUGCAGAUUAAUUCAUGUUAUUAAAAUCUUGCACACAGACGUUUUCUAAACCUAUAGAUGAAACUCACUGGGUAAUAAACUACCUUACAACAUGCUGAGAAGCUUCACUUGUGCUAAUUAGAUGUUGAAUUAGGAUGGAUGUAUUUAAUAAAAGCAAUUUAUUUUAAAAAGUGGCUAUGGCAACCCCUGAGUGCUGGGAUGAGGGAACCUCUGGUGUUUUCUACAGGAAUUUCUUCAGGUAUUUCCACAAGCCCUACUAAAUCAAUGAAGAAUGCUGGCUAUUGUGUGACUAAACAAACUUUUGAUCAUCCACCAAGUCUGUUCCGCUGGCUAAAACUAUGCAUCAUGUUAACAUUCAAAUAUAAAUAACAUUGACUUGCAACUGAGUACAAUACGCACGUCAGAAAACAAAUUAUCCAGACACAGAUACCAAUCAUGUGAGCAUUGCAUUUCAUUCUUACACGGAAAUUCCUGGUAGACAAUGGAAAGCAAUUAUGAUUGUAUUGUUUCCAAUGGAUUGUAUUUCAGUGUGUGAAUUUGUAUCCAAUUACGGCACAAAAUGUCCUCCAUGUGUAUUGAUGUAGUAAUAAUAGAAUGGUAUUAAAUGCAUACAUGUCUGUGA